AAACAUUUUUCGCUGACUUUGAUCCGUUUUCAGCUCGCGACCCUCAUCCCUACUGAUUACAUGGCUGGUAGUGACACAGGCAGUCGCGGGCAUAAGCGCCGACCGUAUAGGACAAGCCCGAGAGCCGGCACUUGGCGCCAUUGGUUUGCAUCCCACCCAAGUCUCCCAGCAAUUCUUAUUGCUAUAUUGGCCUUAAUCGUGGGCUGGUGCUUCCACCUCUUGAACUUCGAUACUCUAUUAGAACCUUCUCCUUCAGUUCACAACGACACCUAUUGGGUAAAACACAGAGAGGAGGUUCGAACAGCCUUCAUUACUAGCUGGGAUGCAUAUGCAAAGUAUGCCUGGGGACAAGACCGAUUCCAUCCGUUAUCUAAAAGGGGCUCUCAAAUGAGCCCCAAUGGCUUGGGAUGGAUAAUAGUAGACAGCUUAGACACUCUUAUGAUCAUGAAUCUCACAACCCGCUUAUCAGAUGCCCGACAAUGGCUUGAGAAAAAUUUGACAUAUGAUCAAGACCAAGACGUGAACACAUUCGAGACCACGAUACGUAUGCUCGGAGGGCUGCUGUCGGCGCAUUACCUAUCCACUCAGCUCCCAGACGCUUCCUCCGAGCGGGACCAUAUUUACCUGUCCAAAGCAGUGGACCUAGCAGACAGACUGCUGACAGCAUAUGAUUCAGGGUCAGGGAUUCCUUAUGCUAGCGUCAACCUAGCAAAACGUGAAGGUAUCCGCUCGCAUGCUGAUGGCGGAGCUUCAUCUACGGCUGAAGCAGCUACCGUGCAGUUGGAGAUGAAGUAUCUAUCCGUUAUCACAGGUGAUGAUAUUCAUUGGCAUAAAGCUGAAAGGGUGAUGGAAGUGUUGGAUUGCAACGGCGCGAAAGAUGGUCUUGUCCCCAUAUAUGUGCACCCGGACACUGGGAGGUUUCGGCAUAAAACCAUCCGUCUCGGAAGUCGUGGGGAUUCGUACUAUGAAUACUUGGUGAAGCAAUACUUACAGACUAACGAAUCAAUCUACGGGGAGAUGUGGGAAGAGGCGCUGACCGGGAUUCAGAAGAAUCUUGUUACCUCCACCAAGUACUCAAACCUCCAAUACAUUGCUGAACUUCCAGGCGGCGUUGGUAGCCGCCUUUCCCCAAAGAUGGACCAUCUUGUUUGCUUCCUACCAGGAUCCAUUGCCAUUGGGGCUACGGAAGGACUGACGGAAGCGGAGGCCCGCAGAACGGGACGCUGGAACGCUCAAAAGGAGGAGCAGAUGCGUCUGGCAAGGGAGCUGACAAAGACAUGCUGGGCACAGUACGCAGUAACGGAGACUGGGCUGGCUCCGGAAAUUGUGUGGUUUGAGGCAGAAGAUGCCAACCUUGAACCAUCUACCAAUGCGCCUCGAGCCUCAAGCAGAGACGACUUAAAGUCCUGGAUCAAGGACAUUAACAUCCGACUGAUAGAUGCCGAUAACUUGCAACGUCCGGAGACUGUGGAAAGCCUCUUCCUAAUGUACCGUGUCACGAAAGACCCGAUAUAUCGACAAUGGGGAUGGGAGAUUUUCAAGGCAUUUCAAAGGCACACGCGAGUUAAAGACGGGGAAGGAUACACAUCUCUAAGUGAUGUCACAAUAGCUCCACCAAAACGACGGGAUAAUAUGGAAAGCUUCUGGCUGGCCGAAACCUUGAAAUAUCUCUAUCUUCUCUUCUCACCAAAUGACUUUCUCCCAUUGACCGAUGUGGUGUUCAACACGGAAGCCCAUGUAUUUCCACGUCUACAUGAAGCAAAGUACCAGACUGGCUGGAAAAGAAGACCGAGGAAGUGAGAAUCGCAGGUCUCCAUUAAAUUCGUUGCCGCUGCAGUCGAA